UUAUGACUUUGAACUGUUUGUCUCUUAUACUUUGCCGUAGAAUAGACGUGUAAACAGAGAAGAUUACAAAACUGUUCCACCAAACUCUUUGAGGGUCGGGGAUCUCGUUCUCGCUACAUUUUAUUUUGUUGAUUAGCCAAACAUGGUUGUUGCAGGCGCAUGACACUGACAGCCUUCCCUUGCCAGAAAAGCUUGAAAUCCAGCUCAGACGGCUAAAAAGACAGACGUCAGACGUUGAUCACCUCAUUCACUUGACAGGAGCUUGUCGUCUAACGUUAGCGGGCAUGGAGGAAGCCAAUCAAGACAGAGCCAGGCUGCAGCUGAUCAAAGACGGCUAUGAGAAGGCCUUUGAGUGCAUCAACAGGGGCCUGACCGAGGAUGAAGCUGGCCACAAGGCCCAGGCCCUGGCCCAGUACAGACAGGGGCGCCAGCACCUCCUCAGGUCCAUCAGCGUGCCCUCACAGGGGGACAAGUGUGUGGGCAGCUCCUGGGAGUCAGCCCGCCAGAUACAGCACAAGAUGCAGGAGACUCUGAACAACAUCACCACUCGAUUGGCAGUCCUAGAGACCAGCCCAGACCCUGAGCUCCCACCACCUCUAGAUGCCUCUAAUGGAGUCCCUGGGACAGCCUCUAACUCUAACCUCUACCCCAAACUGGAGAAGGAAAAACCAGAGUGGCCGUCUCCACCCAAGCUGCUGAUGACUAACUGCCAGGCUGGAGCUGUGGGAGGCAGUGUGUCUUCCUCCCUGCCUCUUUCUCCCACUAGACAGCCUGCGGUGCCUGGCGAGCUGCCCCCAGCCUACUCGUCCCAGGCGGCUGAUGGCCACCUGACUAUCUCCUACGGUACAGAGUCUGGAGAGAUGUCGCUGGUGGGAGAGGAGUUCUACAGCCACAUGUUCCCAUCUCCCCCCUCUCCUCAGAGCCUGGGGGAGGAUGGAGAAGAACUCUUCUUCCUGCCUCACGGGGUGCAGAUAUUCUUUGUCACACCUGACGGCCAGGUCAGUGCUCCCUCCUACCCAGGGUACCUGCGGAUGGUCAAGUUCACCAGCCAGCAGUCAGAGAGAGUGCCCAACCGCCCCCCAGCCUUCCUGCAGGUGUGUGAUUGGCUGUACCCGCUGAUGGCCACAGACUCCCCCGUCCUGCUGUGUAACACAGGGGUGUUCAUAUUCCCGGACAUGAUGGCGCCCGCCCCAGGGUCCUACGUGGGUGUUGUGCUGUCCUCUGCACUGCCUGUAGGAGACAGACAACUGUUCCAGGACCUGCUGUCCCAGAUGACAGACCUCAGGGUGCAGGUUCCAAAUGAGGCGGCAGACAGCAUCAACCUGAGCCAGAUGGUGUCCAUCGCUCCCCCCGAGGAAGAGGAGGCUCCAGCAGCAGGAGAGGAGGAGGAGAAGAACCUGCCAGAGUGGAGCGAGAAGGUGGCCAGCGGCAUCCUCACAGGGGCAUCGUGGCUGAGCUGGGGCCUGGUGAAGGGGGCUGAGUUCACUGGCAUAGCCAUCCAGAAGGGGGCAUCCAAACUGCGGGAGCACAUCACCCCCGAGGACAAGCCAGCCCACGUCAGCCCCUCCAUCUCCAAGGGAUUGCAUGUAGCCAAACAGGCCACCGGGGGCGCUGUCCGCGUCAGCCAGUUCCUGGUGGACGGUGUGUGUAUGGUGGCAGGGUGUGUGGGUAGAGAGCUGGCUCCCCACGUGAAGAAACAUGGAGGCAAGUUGGUCCCGGAGUCCAUGAAGAAAGACAAAGAUGGACGAUCCAACAUCGAUGGAGCCAUGGUGGUGGCUGCCAGCGGAGUUCAAGGCUUCGCUACCAUGUGGACUGGCUUGGAGGUAGCAGCAAAGAACAUCACCGUCUCUGUUGCCUCAGAAACCGUCAACACUGUCAAGCAUAAGUAUGGGGCAGCAGCCGGCCAGGCCACAGACCAUGCUGUGAACUCAGCCAUUAACAUGGGCGUCACCGCCUUCAACAUUGACAACCUGGGCAUCAAAGCUGCGGUGAAGAAGACUGGCAAACAGACGGCCGUGGCCAUCCUGGAGGACUACCAGCUACAGGACCCUAACACUAACCAGAAACAAGUGGAGAAACGGGACAAAUAGGCCCCAUCCAGGAACAAGUCUACGUCCCAAAUGGCACCCUAUUCCCUAAAUAGUCACUAUUUUUGGGACACAGUCAACCCCUAGCCCCAUGACACUUACUCUAGCCCCUACCCACAGAGCACUGGUGUAGAUAUGAGAGGACUGGAUAGGUGUGAGCAAAACAGCAAAACUUCUACCUGCCUAGUCUGUCAUAGGGAAAGGCAGAGGUACUACCAUAUUGAUUAAACAUAUCCUAUUCUUUCAGAUCUACCCAAGUGUCUAGAGAGUAGAGGCUAGGAUUGCAUCCCAAAUGGCACCCUAUUCUCGAUUAUAGUGCACUACAAAGGGAAUGUGGUACCAUUUGGGAUGCACACCAUGUCCUCCUCUCUUUCCUUUUAGAGCUUUAAUUAAAACACGAUUUGUAUUCUAUAAAGAAAUCUAUCUAUACAUAAAUGCUUUAUUUACAAUAAAUGUUUUAUAUUUGCAUACUAGUUGACUAAUAGCCUAUAGAAAUGUUACUAGGGUUUGAUACAACUGUUAAGCACUUUAAUCUUCAUAAUGAACGGUUCUCUUUCUUGAACUGCAUUGUUGGUUAAGGGCUUGUAAGUAAGCGUUUCACAGUAAGGUCUACACCUGUUGUAUUCAGCGCAUGUGACAAAGAAAAUUUUCUUUUAUAAUGACAUUAUAAUAAUGUUAUAAAUAUUAUAAUAACUAAGAUGGACAUUGUAUGUAGGUAGGCUGAUGUAUAAUCGCUACAUUAUUUGUGUGCAAUGUUGGUGAGAAGAAGACACUGGAAUGUAAUAAGUCACGUAGGUGAUAUAAAUAUAAACUGAAAACAGGAUUCUUGUUUUAAAUUUCAGAUGGAACAGUUGUCUGUUUCAAGACUACUGCUGUUGACUUAUUGUAGUAAUACUGUAGUAACAGUAGUAUUACUGCAGUAGUACUGUAGUAACACUGUCCACAGUUUAGUGUAUCUGGAGGUAAAGGUGUAUCUGAGGUAGAGUUGCACAAUUCUGGUAACUGUCCCAAAAUCCCCAGGUUUUCCAGAAAUUCUGGUUGGAGGAAUAUGGAUUUUCUGCUUGUUCCCCCCCAGCCUCUUUCCCCAUCCAUAACCUGAGGCCAGCAUCGGUUCUGGGUUUCAAGAUUAAUUCCCUCCUGAUUCCUGGAAUAUUCCAACUGGGAUUUCUGGAAAAUCUGGGAAUUUUACAGUAGUUACUGGAAAUGUGCAACCCUUAUCUGAAAGUCAAGGUGUGUGGGGGGAAGAAACCCAGCAGCAUGCUAACUAUGUGCUAUAAGAAUACAUGUUUGGGUUCAUUUAAUCAAUGAAAUAAUGUUCAUGUUUGAAACAAGACAAAACCAAGCAUGCACAGGAAAACAUGUAGUUAUAUAGAUGUUGAGGGUACUAGAUAAGAUUGAACAAGGGUCUCUAAUGUAUACUCUUGUCAUAUGACUUCUUUGUAAUGCAGAGGAAAUAAUCAAUCCAAACAUAGAAGCAGUGGAGUUUUAAACUGGUUUGAGAAUGGUCCAUGGUUUGCUCAGUAUGCCUUAAUAACCAUGCUGUAUGCUACUGUAACCAUAGGCCAAUACAUCCACCUUACAGAAAGCAAGUCCAUGCUACUGUAUCGUCUUGUGGUCCAGUUCAUUAACUUUGAGAAGCUAUAACCUAUCCUUUCAUCUUAGUAUCUGAUCAUACUUUUUAAAGCUGUGAUAAUUUUUAAUUUUUUGUUUAAUUUGAUGUAAAGAAAAUGAUAUUCAAACAAUGUCAUUAACAUUUGGACAAUUAUUUUAUUGUUUCUUGUUUUUAACUAUGACAUCUGGAACAAAUGAUUAUGGCAAAAUUACAGAUACAAAUACAUCAACUGUUUCUGCACAAUCUGUAAGUAUGUGGAAAGUUUUGAGGGGUGUGUUUAUGAUUCGUGUCGCUGUACAUGUUUUAUGUUCUCAACAUACUGUAUUUAACUUGUAAUGCUGUCUACCAUUCAUAAUUUACCUUGGGCUGAUGCUGAUGUUUAUUCAAUGUGAAUUGUCUUCAGUAAUAUUUCCCCUUCAGGUUUAAGUGAAGGCAGACUGUCUUUCUGUGUGAACUUUAAAUAUCAUGCAGGAAUUAAAUACACAUCAGCAUUCUUACAAAGUGGUUGUGAUUUUCCGAAUAAUGGCUCUGUGCUUCUGUUGCCCUAUGUGAACAAAUAGUCACAUGGUCCGAUGAUAAACCAAAUAUCUGAUAUGUAAUAAAAAGCAAUGGAAGAAUG